AUGGAAUGUCCCAUCAGUCUUUCACCCAUUAUCAUGCCUCAUUUGAACCUUGCCAUGAGCUCACCUUGUGCAGUUCAGAUGGCAACACCUCUCAAACUAAGGGUCAUCCUCGAUGAUGUAAAUGCAGAAAAGCUUAUUUUGCCUUCUCGUCCUGAAAGUGUUAAUGACCUUAUACUAAAAGUGAAAAAUAAUCUAAAAUUGACCCAUGAUUUUCGGCUGCAGUUUCAAGACCCUGAUUUUGAUCAUGCUCUCUGUAAUUUAGUGAAUAUAGAGGACCUUCCAUCAAAGGCAACCAUAAAGAUAGUUAGAAUUGUUGAGUAUGAUCUCAGUUCAACUAGUACCGAUGACACAGUGAUGCUGUCAGAUAAUACAGAUUCAUCAGAGCAUCUCAGUGGAUGGCCAGACGUCUUUGUUGUUCCAACAUUUUCCUAUGAGGUGGAGUUCAGUCUAAAAGAGGGGAACUGUGCCUUCGAAAAGGAAGGGAAAUUUUUGAGAUUGACCCAGGACCAAAAGCAUAGUAUUCUAGAGGGGAUGGCUGCUGAAAUAUAUAGACACAAAGCAUACCCAAGUGGCGAACAGAUACGCAAGGCUGCUGAGGCGCUUGUGAGUAAACACCCAUGCCUGAGAGAGAGAGGUUCCAUAACAGGAUACGAUGGCUGGAAGAACAGCCUACGUUUCAAAAUGGGCAACUACAGAACAAAACUAAGCAGAGUUGGUGUAAAAGAUGUGGCAGUCAAUGCAGGAAAGCGCAGCAGGAGCAAUCCAGAAGCAUUAGCAUCCCGGUCAAACAUAAAGAGACCCAGAAGAGGUGAAGUCAACUUCCUUCCCAAUUAUCCUUCUGGUGAGAAUAAGGACACAUUGGAGACCAUGAGGCUAGAAAUGGUGGAAGAGUUCAAGAAAACCAUUGCAGAAAGAGACAUGAUUCUCAUCCAUAAACACAUGCAACGCACCUUUGCUCUUAGGCAUGAAGAGAUUGUGAAUUCUGCUCCUCCCAUUACAGAAUUGAAAGACAGAUGGCCUGCCCUAUUUUGUGAAGCCCAACUCUAUAGUGAGUUCCACAGGAUCACCAAUCCGAACCUGCCAAAUUUCUUCUUCGCCGGACUUGAUAAAUAUACACAACAACUUCUAAAGCUUUACAGACAAAAGACAACUGGAGUAUUUGGAGAGAAGAUGGCACAUCUUCUGAGGGCGUAUGAGGAGCAGGAUAAGAACGACAUAAGCACAGCAAGAGCAGCAGCCCUGGCUGGACUACCACUCUAUUUAAAAGAAGACUUUUCAGCUGUCUUUAAGACUUGCAAGGAGGAGGAGUUUGAAGAAUACCUCAAGGGGCCAGUGGCACUGGUGACCGUGGUAGAUGAAGACAGUGUUCCUGCAGUGAUUUUGUUUCAGCCACUCUGUGUUUCUGUCAUCCUUGAGGAUCAGGUAGUAAUGUCCCACAGAUCUUGGGCAAAUGCACUGAUAAUUUUGUUUGGCUUAAUACGACAAUCAGACUGA